CUCAAGAGAGAGAAAACUUGUUUUUUUUUUUAAUUCUUUCAGGGAAAAAAAAAAGGAGAGAGUCCAAGAAAGAAACCAAAUCCUCUUGUGGCCUCUUUACAUUUUUUCAGGAGAGAGAAAACUCAAAGCAGCUCUCUCUGGCCUUUGUUUUCUGAAAUCGAUCUCUUCUUCUUCUUCUUCUUCUUCUUCUUCUUCUUCUUCUUCUUCUUCAUGAUCUGGUUGGUUUUUGUGCAUCUGAGUUUGUAAAAACAUCUUCUCUGGAGUGAGUCAAAAAAAAAAAAAAAAAAAGUGCCCCAUAUGUCGUCGCUUAGCAGAGAGCUCGUAUUCUUGAUCUUACAGUUUCUAGAUGAAGAGAAGUUCAAGGAGACUGUUCAUAAGCUUGAACAAGAGUCUGGGUUUUUCUUCAACAUGAAGUAUUUUGAGGAUGAGGUGCACAAUGGUAACUGGGAUGAGGUCGAGAAGUAUCUCUCUGGUUUUACUAAAGUUGAUGAUAACAGAUACUCCAUGAAGAUUUUCUUCGAGAUUAGGAAGCAGAAGUAUCUUGAGGCCUUGGAUAAGCAUGAUCGUCCCAAGGCUGUUGAAAUUUUGGUCAAGGAUUUGAAAGUGUUUUCCACUUUUAAUGAGGAGCUUUUCAAGGAAAUCACUCAGCUUUUGACCUUAGAAAACUUCCGGGAGAACGAGCAGUUAUCCAAGUAUGGGGACACAAAGUCCGCCAGAGCUAUCAUGUUGGUGGAACUCAAGAAGUUGAUUGAAGCAAAUCCGUUAUUCCGUGAUAAAUUGCAGUUUCCUACUCUUAGAAAUUCACGGCUCAGGACUCUCAUAAAUCAGAGCUUAAAUUGGCAACACCAGCUUUGUAAAAACCCAAGGCCAAAUCCUGAUAUAAAGACUCUCUUUGUCGAUCAUUCCUGCCGCCUACCAAAUGAUGCACGAGCACCAUCCCCUGUCAACAAUCCGCUGCUUGGAUCAUUACCAAAAGCUGGGGGAUUUCCUCCUUUAGGCGCACACGGGCCAUUUCAACCAACACCUUCUCCGGUUCCAACACCUCUUGCUGGUUGGAUGUCCAGUCCUUCCUCUGUCCCUCAUCCAGCUGUGUCUGGAGGAGCCAUUGCUCUCGGCUCUCCAUCCAUCCAAGCAGCCUUGAAGCACCCGAGAACUCCUCCAACUAAUUCUGGUGUAGACUAUCCAUCAGGCGAUUCAGACCAUGUCUCAAAACGAACAAGACCUAUGGGAAUGUCUGACGAGGUAAGUCUAGGUGUGAACAUGUUACCAAUGACAUUCCCAGGGCAGGCUCAUGGCCACAAUCAAACCUUCAAAGCACCUGAUGACUUGCCCAAGACAGUGGCACGAACUUUGAGUCAGGGCUCAUCUCCCAUGAGCAUGGAUUUCCAUCCUAUUAAACAGACUCUGCUACUAGUUGGUACGAAUGUUGGAGAUAUUGGGCUCUGGGAAGUUGGUUCUCGAGAACGCCUAGUACAGAAGACUUUUAAAGUUUGGGACUUGAGUAAAUGUUCGAUGCCCUUGCAGGCUGCUUUGGUGAAAGAGCCUGUCGUUUCUGUCAACCGUGUGAUUUGGAGCCCGGAUGGUGCCUUAUUCGGAGUUGCUUAUUCAAGACAUAUUGUACAGCUAUACUCUUAUCACGGUGGGGAAGAUAUGAGGCAGCAUCUUGAGAUUGAUGCUCAUGUUGGUGGUGUCAACGACAUUGCAUUCUCCACUCCAAACAAGCAACUAUGUGUUACUACUUGUGGUGAUGACAAAACCAUCAAGGUCUGGGAUGCUGCAACGGGUGUAAAACGGCAUACUUUUGAGGGCCAUGAAGCUCCUGUUUACUCUAUCUGCCCUCACUACAAGGAGAACAUUCAGUUUAUCUUUUCAACUGCGCUCGAUGGGAAAAUAAAAGCAUGGUUAUAUGAUAAUAUGGGAUCUCGGGUUGACUACGAAGCUCCUGGUCGCUGGUGUACAACGAUGGCCUACAGUGCUGAUGGAACUAGGUUAUUUUCUUGUGGGACGAGUAAAGAUGGGGAAUCGUUCAUAGUUGAGUGGAAUGAAAGCGAAGGAGCUGUUAAGAGAACUUAUCAAGGAUUCCACAAGCGUUCUCUUGGUGUUGUUCAGUUUGAUACUACUAAAAACCGCUAUCUCGCUGCGGGUGACGACUUCUCCAUUAAGUUCUGGGAUAUGGACACUACACAGCUUUUGACUGCCAUUGAUGCUGAUGGAGGUCUCCAGGCAAGUCCACGGAUCCGGUUUAACAAGGAAGGCUCUCUCUUGGCCGUUUCUGCAAAUGACAAUAUUAUUAAGGUUGUGGCAAACUCAGAUGGUCUAAGGCUAUUGCACACAGUUGAAAACUUAUCUUCUGAAUCCUCCAAGGUACUAAAUAUUUUGCUCAUUGGAUCUUCAACAAGCAAAUUACUAACUCCCAGAUUGAAACUUUUUCAACACUUUAUUUCUCAUUUACAUGUGCAGCCUGCAAUUAACAGUAUUCCGGUAGCAGAAAGACCUGCCUCUGUAGUUUCCAUCCCUGGAAUGAAUGGAGAUUCACGGAAUAUGGUGGAUGUGAAGCCAGUGAUAACUGAAGAAGCAAAUGAUAAGUCUAAGGUAUGGAAGCUUACUGAAGUCGGCGAACCCUCUCAAUGCCGUUCAUUGAGACUCCCUGAGAAUAUGAGAGUCACCAAGAUAUCGAGAUUAAUUUUCACAAAUUCGGGAAAUGCAAUUUUGGCAUUGGCAUCAAAUGCUAUUCAUCUGCUAUGGAAGUGGCAGCGAAAUGACCGUAAUGCAACUGGAAAGGCAACGGCUUCUUUACCUCCUCAACAGUGGCAACCAGCGAGCGGGAUCUUAAUGACAAAUGAUGUGGCUGAAACUAAUCCAGAAGAAGCUGUACCAUGUUUUGCUUUAUCCAAGAAUGAUUCCUACGUGAUGUCAGCAUCCGGAGGAAAGAUCUCUUUGUUUAAUAUGAUGACGUUUAAGACAAUGGCUACUUUCAUGCCGCCUCCUCCUGCUGCAACGUUUCUUGCAUUCCACCCUCAAGAUAACAAUAUCAUUGCGAUCGGGAUGGAUGAUAGUACAAUACAGAUUUACAAUGUUCGCGUUGAUGAGGUUAAGAGCAAGCUUAAAGGACAUUCUAAGAGAAUAACCGGCCUCGCUUUCUCCAAUGUACUAAAUGUUCUGGUUUCGUCUGGAGCAGACGCGCAGCUUUGUGUAUGGAACACGGAUGGAUGGGAGAAACAGAAAAGCAAGGUUCUGCAAAUUCCACAGGGAAGAUCAACGGCGGCUCUUUCAGACACGCGUGUUCAGUUUCAUCAAGAUCAAGUACACUUCCUCGUGGUCCAUGAAACGCAGCUCGCUAUAUACGAAACAACUAAGCUUGAAUGCAUGAAACAGUGGCCAGUGCGUGAAUCAUCAGCUCCAAUCACACAUGCGACAUUCUCAUGUGAUAGCCAACUGAUAUACACAAGUUUCAUGGACGCUACAAUCUGUGUCUUCAGCUCAGCAAACCUUCGAUUGCGUUGCAGAGUCAAUCCCUCUGCAUAUUUGCCAGCUUCUCUCAGCAACUCGAAUGUCCAUCCACUGGUGAUAGCGGCUCAUCCGCAAGAGUCCAAUAUGUUUGCUGUGGGUCUGUCAGACGGGGGAGUCCAUAUAUUCGAGCCGCUUGAGUCUGAAGGCAAAUGGGGAGUGGCUCCACCGCCUGAAAAUGGCUCAGCCAGCGUUGUCACGGCUACACCUUCGGUUGGAGCUUCUGCGUCAGACCAACCUCAGAGAUGA